AUGCUCCGUCUGCUUCUCGUAUUUGAAGUUUUCAUGAAGCUUUUCGUCUUCGUGGUCCCAAAACUUCACAUCCUCAGACACACAACCGCUUGUCAACUUCUUUAUUCCUUCAACUACACAAUUGGUGGUGGGCAGACGGAUGGCGAGGGAAUUGAACGACCCUGGAGCAUGAUUGGAGGCCUCACUGCAAGUACGCAACACCCCUUCUUCGACGGGCGCCUCGAUGCAGCGUUACACGAGCAGAGUGUUCAGCAGGCCGCUUUCGAAGAAUUCUCGCUCAACCAGGCGGAGCGUGUUCCACAAUGGAAAGCUAUGGUGGAUGACUACGAGAAGGAUGGUACAAAACCUAAUCCCUACGAAGGAAAAGUCGAUGGCUUAAGUGAAGUCAAGGUUCGCGAGAUGUUGGAGAUGGCAGAAGAUGCCAGAUCUUUGGCGGGCAAGCUACGCAUCCAUGAGAUCAGCCCAGUCAGCUUUAUGGCUGAUUUGCUGGAGCUUGAAGGCGAGCAGCGUCGAGUAGCAGGUUUGGCAGAGCUGAAAAAGGCCAAAUCGACAACGAUGAAAAUUAAUCUUCGUCGCCUUCGACGAGGUCUCAAUAAACGCAUUUCGAAGAUUCGCCAACUGCAAGCCACUUAUAUGCCUGUGGCCUUACAACACCUCAAGGACCUCGAAGUAUCGGAAACUGCUCUACCAGAGGAUGUUCCUCUGUUGCCACCUUCCGCCUUGACGGCAUCGCAACGAGGAAAUGGAGGCUGUCAUGACGGAUUGGUCGAAAUCGAGAAAUCCAUGCGAGACGCUCAAUGCCGCGCGGCCCUGGCAGGCUUGCGAAACCAGUUACUCGUCAAGUACCGUCUCCUUCUCUACAAGACAAACCACUCGCGAAAUCAGUCGAUGAAUACGUGCUCGCGGUCGCUGGCAGCGUGGUUAGCACUGGUUCUCCUCCACGAUGGUAUUGAAGCGAACGUGGGCUGGAGAAGACUUUGCAAGGAGGACAUCCGAUGCCUGGAAGACCCCGACGAGCUGGCGAAGAAGAACAUGAGAGGCCAGAAAGCUGAAAUACGUCGUGCACGAGAAGAACGAGAGCUUCGUGAAGCUGGAAUUACUCCGCUCAACAUACAUCAAGUUCAAACUGACGACAACGCUGAGGACGACAUCGACUUGACAUUGUCUGCGACUUUGGGCGGAAAGAAAUCUGCCAACAAGAAGAUGCCGGCGCCAAAAGGGACAGCGGGUCAGAUGUCGAGAUGGAAGAAGGUGAGGCUGAUAUUGAUAUUAUUAUCUGCUGCUCACACAGUUUUAGCGCUGCACAUUGAAUGGGCCAAGGCUUAUGCCCGAGUACGACGCUGGAAUGAAGAGGUCGCGCUUUUGCGAGAAGAGUGGCGCCGGCUGCCCGAAUCAUUUGCUCACGAGGAACGAUUGUGGCCUCUGAGGGGCCAAGCCGUUCCGCUCGGUGCUAUCACAUUAGACGAUGCUGAAGGCAUGAUCGCAUAUGCCGUCCAGCAUGUCGACAUGUACCGGGCUUUAGCGUGGCGGGCUGAGAUAGUGCGGACAGAGCCUAAGCUCAAGACAGGCAUGCGUCGGAAAGGACAUCAUCUCUCUGUUGCCGAUAUCGUGUCGCAACAACUGACCUCGGUGGGAAGUUCUUCGGAGGAGGAGUUGGAUAUUGAUGGCACUAUCGAGCGGGACGAUUUUGACGCAGACGAGGGUAAUUUCAGUGAUGAGGAGCUGCUGCUAAUGGGAGAAAUCGACGAUUGGUAG